UAUUUUGAAUCUUAGUAAAAUUUUCUGUACACUCUAAAUCAACUUAUGUAAUAUGUAAGAAAAUAUAUGAAGUAUGUAAGGAAUAUGCACGCAAUAAGAAUAAUCCUCUGCAGUGGCGGCUGGUGACUAAAAUAUUGACAGUUCAAAAUGACAUAUUAUAAAUCUCAGUACAUAUUUAGCUAAAAUAUAAUAUAUAUUUUUAAAACAUCAAUUUUAAAACGAAAAAUCGUGUAUAUUUUUACAAAUUACAAGUUUUAAUGAAUCCAAGAUUAAUAUAAUUCAAAAUUGCAUAAUGAUUGUUUGAAAACAAGCAACAGGUGGCACUUGUACAAGAACGUGUUUGUUAUUUUCCCAAAUAAGAAUAAUAAACUAAAUAAAUUCAACUGGUUGUUUCGACAAAGUUUUUUAUUUGACUUGUUCUAAAUUUAACACGGAAGCGUGAAAAAUGGAGAACGUGGUCCAUACCCGCACCAGAGUGUACAUCAGUUCCACGAUGGAUGUAAAAUCGCGAGUGCGGAAUUGGUGGAAGAGGUUACGUUUGAAAAAUGCGCUACAGCAUCUCGGACUGUUAGUGAUGUUGAUGGGUUAUACGCUGGCAGGAGGAAUGAUAUUUAGACACUUCGAGUACCCAGCAGAAAUAGUCAGGACGAGACACUAUCAAUCUUUACUGCACGAGAAACGACAGUAUUUACUGGAAUUAAUAGUACACAAUGAUACAAAUACAGCAAUUAUAGUCACAAACGAAUUAAUCGAAUACGACAAAAUUUUGGAAGAUGCGUUUAUAGCUGGAAUAUCAGUGUAUCCUUCAGGGGAGAUAGAAAAAUGGACUACCUUGAAAGCUGUGUUCUUUUCGUCAACAGUACUUACAACUAUCGGUUAUGGACAUAUCGUCCCAAUGACUACUGAAGGUCGAGCAUUUUGUAUGGUUUUUGCUUUUAUCGGAAUUCCUCUAACUCUAACAGUAAUAGCUGAUUGGGGAAGAUUGUUCGCAAGUACCGUUUCUACAAUAUUCAGACACAUCCCACCACUGCCAUCUAGAUUCAGGAACGCCGUUGUUGCCAGAAGGACCUCUUCCUACGCAUUAAGCGCGAUUUGCUUCCUGUUUCUGUAUCUAGCAGUAGGAGCAGGACUAUUCGUUAUCUGGGAGGAAGACUGGACGUUUUUCGAAGGUUUUUACUUCUGCUUUAUUACAAUGACCACAAUAGGAUUCGGAGAUCUUGUACCAAAACAACCGAAAUAUAUGCUACUCUGUACCUUGUACAUUCUGGUAGGACUUGCGUUGACAUCAACAAUCAUUGAGUUAGUACGAAGACAAUACGCACAAUCUUGGAGGCAGCUACGAGCGCUGCGAGGACCUCUAGCGGAAAAUUUCAGGAAAUUAGCUGAAAAUGCACCUGGAUUAGACGUUUUAGCUUUUCAACAGGAUCUUAUGAAAGUUUUGACUGUGGUCACAAUGCCCAAACUCCACGGCAAAAGGGGUAAGAAAAUCAAAGACAAGGAUUGGGAGAAUGCCAUCGAGGCUGCAAUCAGAGAUCUCACAGCAAACGCUACGGAGCACAAACCGCAACAAGUUUUACAAAUAGUCAUCUACGAAAGUUCGGUGUGAAUAAGAACCAAAUCUUCCACAAGAGACUUCCAUUUUCGAUAAUCGAUUUGAAAUAAAUCGGACUCUUUUAUUCCAUCGUACACAUUACUGAUUCAAUUUUAAAGAUUUAUAAUGUUCCUAUCUUAUGUCAAUAAAUUGAAUAAAAAAUGUUUAUCAAG